GAGCCUCGCGCGUACAUAACCUCUCGUCGCGAUCGCAUCCUCCACAUCACGCUCGCGAAUUCAUUCCCCAGAAGCUCGAGAGAAAUCAAGAAAAUCUCCGAUCCAAGUAACCGAGGCAAAGCCAUCAUCAUCCAUGGAGGCCACCGCCACCGCCCCCGUCCAGGAUACAGGCCUCACCCACCGCGCCUAUAGGCCGGUCGACGACACGCCGGCGCGGAUGCCCGUUCCCGGCGGCGCGACCAGCCGGGACCCGAAGAGGAAGCUGGGCCGCGCCAAGCGUGGCCUCCGCUCGCUCGUCGUCGCCGUGACGUUCUCGGCCGCGCUCACCGCGAUCGCCUUCUACGUCUCCGGCCCGGGCUCGUCGACGGACGACACCAGGGCGCCGUCCGCGGCGAUGGUGGCGAUCGCGCGCGCCGGGUCGGUGGCCGCGGAGGCCGUGAUGGCGCUGGCGGCGUGGAUGGUGUGGGCCGAGGGCGGCCUCCACGGGAUGCCCGGCGCGACGCUGGCGCCGUUCGCGGCGCAGCUCUUGGCGGCCGCGGCGUGGCCGGCCCUGGCGCUGAGGCUCGGGGCUGGGUGGGCCGGGAUGGCGUGCUGCGCAGCCAUGGCUGCAGGCGCCGCCGCGUGCGUCCGUGGGUUCGGCCGCGUGAACCCUGUCGCCGGAGAUCUCGCCAUGCCCUGCGCGGCCUGGGCCGUGCUCCUCGCCGUCAUGAACUACAAGAUGAUGUAGAGAGACGGAGGGAGACAGAGAUGAUGCUUCUAUGAGUGUUGUGUUGUGGCGUGAUGGAACCUGAAGUGGUGUGUGUGGGUUUCGGCGAGUUUGUGUAUGUGUACACACGUAGCGUCCGUAGUCUCUUGUACCGCAAAUACUGCUCUACCUUUUUUUUGGCAAUACUGUUGUUUAAUAUGUGA